UCUAUCCUUCUGGCUUCAAUCUCAACAUCCUCAUACAAGCGUGCAGUUAUUUCCCUUCAUGUUGAUCACAUCAUUCUUGAAUUGAAUCUUUGUGUACUCCGGACUUUCAGUCAGGGAUAGCUAUCCUAAAUUGGAGCAAGUUCAAGACUAUCCUCAAAAGACAAACCUGCAAGCUUCAUACAAUAGGAAGUCCUCGACCAGAUUGGACGUGCUUCGGAUUCAAGCAACUAUCUGGGAAACCACAGAGGGAUAAUAUUUCGUCAUGGCUGACAGCGAGUAUGAACGUGCUCCCGAGGCCAUUAUUAUCCCACUCUUGUCGCUCCUGUCAAUCAUACUGAGCAUUACUCCGUUGAUGUGGCAUUUGAGGAAUUCCAACUUCCCUGCCGUGUGCCUUGUCGGUUGGUUUCUGGUCAACAAUGUAUUCAACAUCGUGAACGCCUUCAUCUGGCCUACAGAUGAUGUCGACUCCUGGUGGAGCGGUGUCGGGCUCUGCGAUGUCGAAGUCAAGCUGAUGGUGGCAAGCUAUGUCGGUCUACCUGGAGCUUUGCUGUGUAUCUUCCGCCACCUUGCAGAAGUCCUGGAUACGGAGCGUACAGUUCUCGUCCCUUCGCGCAGUCAGCGUCGCAAGAAACUCGCCAUUGAGAUAUCAUUUUGCUUGGUUAUCCCUAUCCUAGCCAUGAUCACGCACUUCUUUGUCCAGAAAACCCGUUACAUGCUCUACACAAUUUCAGGAUGUGUGAAUAACUUCGACGAAAGCUGGGUUACCCUGGUUUUAUCUUACCUGUGGCCAACGGUGAUUUGCAUGAUUGCGGCUUACUACUGCUGCCUCGUGAUGUAUCGUAUCAUCAAGUACAACAGAGAGUUCGGCGCGAUCCUUAGCGGUUCUCGUGGAAGUGGAAGUAGUAUGAACAAAACGAGAUUCUUGCGGCUGUUCUGCAUGGCAUCUGUGAUGCUAUUGGCGAUUCUUCCCACUCAGGCUUACGUCCUCUAUGUGGAUAUUCAACUCUCACUACCAUGGCACGACUACUCCUUUUCUAGACUUCAUGGUCCCGGCUGGAAUACGAUUAUCAAGGUUGCGACCCAUGGCCAGAGCUUCUUCGAUCGCUGGAUACCCAUUGGCGGAACACUUGUUCUAUUCGUCUUCUUCGGUUUCGGAAAAGAUGCGACUUCGAUGUACCGUUCGAUUCUCACCAAGCUCGGAGUUGACCAUUGGCUCCCUGUGAAGUCACAGUCCGAUAUCUACUCCGCCAAAAGUUUGGGCUCUUCUUCUAGUCGGAUGAGUAAACUAGGUAAAAUGUUUACCUGGAGUCUCCAGUCCAACACGACAAGAAGUUCGUCGAGAACUGACUCUGUUUCCAAUGAUCCUCCCGCCACCUCUACUACUGCCGAUCUGGAGAAAGGACCCUGCGUCUACUCCGAGGAAAGGAACAUGGCCAAUAAAGCGUCCUUGUGUAGUAGACUCAAGCAUCUGCUGGUCAGCACUCUCUUCCGCACCGGAAGAGGUAAUACCCCUGCUGCACCUGCUAAUAAUAACAACAAUCUUGAGUCUCCAAAGAAUACAGUCUCUACCAGUGCUUGGGCAGGUCAUAGCCCACGCGAGGCGGGUGAUAUUCAUUCAGAUGCCGCUCCGUCGCCGAACACAGAGUCGGGCAUCAAGGUCAAGCACGUCAUUCGCCAGGCCAAGGUGUCAAUUUGCCCGUAUUGUGGUGAUGAGAUCGUGUCUUAUGAGCCAUGAUCAGAAGAAUUAUCUCAGGGUUCUCAGGCAAGAUAAGCCAGGAAUUCCAAGGGAGUGUUUCAAAUUGCUUGCUACUAUGAAUUUUAGACGUCAACAUGAGGUGGAAGUAUGCGUUGUUUCGCCGCAGGUGCCAUUGUGCUUCUUGUCUUGCCCCGGCAGCUAUCAUCCAUGUCUCUCCAGCAUGUGUAUCGGUUGCUACAAAGAAAAGUUUAACCCGAAGUUUCAAGUAUCACAUUCCAUGUAAAUGCUUUCAGAUCAGAUACGAUGGAAGAUCGGAACACGGCCCCAGCGCUAAUAUGUUGGCUGUAGAUCUUUGUGAUAGGAUAAUGGAAAAAUAAG